CGGAAUCUAGGUGGGGCCCGCGCCGCGCCCCCGCGGCCAGCCCCGAGCCGCGUCCUCCCGGAGCCGCCUCCCCGCGGCCUCUUCCCUUUUGUCGUGCUCCCCGCACUCCAGGGCCACUCUCCGCCGGCGUCCGAGCCCCGCGCGCUGCUCUCCUCCGCGCCGCCACCGUCAAGAUGCUGCGCUGCGGCCUGGCCUGCGAGCGCUGCAGGUGGAUCCUGCCCCUGCUCCUGCUCUGCGCCAUCCCAUUCGACAUCAUUGCGCUGGCCGGCCGCGGAUGGCUGCAGUCGAGCAACCACAUCGAGACAUCCUCGCUGUGGUGGAAAUGUAAUGAGGAGGGUGGCGGCAGCGGGUCCUACGAGGAAGGCUGCCAGAGUCUCAUGGAAUAUGCGUGGGGGAGGGCAGCUGCCGCCAUGCUCCUCUGCGGAUUUAUCAUCCUGGUGAUCUGUUUCAUCCUCUCCUUCUUUGCCCUCUGCGGACCCCAAAUGCUUGUCUUCCUGAGAGUGAUCGGAGGCCUGCUGGCCCUGGCUGCUGUGUUCCAGAUCAUCUCCCUGGUAAUCUACCCUGUGAAGUACACCCAGACCUUCAACCUGCACGCCAACAUUGGUGUCACUUACAUCUAUAACUGGGCCUACGGCUUCGGGUGGGCGGCCACGAUUAUCAUGAUCGGCUGUGCCUUCUUCUUCUGUUGCCUCCCCAACUAUGAAGAUGACCUCCUGGGCAACGCCAAGCCCAGGUACUUCUACACAUCUGCCUAAGGUGGGGAAUGAGCAGGAGAAAAUCGCUGCUGCCGAGAUGGAUUCCAGAGAAAGAAACUGUUUUCCCCGGAAGACUUUGAACCUAUUUUGGGGGGCGGUGUCAUAUCAUUAAACUCUACUCAAAAUGCUAAAGUGAUUUGGGAGAAAAAUAUUUUUUAAGUGGUGUGAUAGUUUCAUAUUCAUCUUUUAUAUGUGUUUUGUAGAGUUAAAUAAGACUGACUUCUUUUAACGAAUUACCUAUAAUACGCCAAUAUUUCCUUGUAACUAUACAUAUCAUUUAUAUGGCAUUUGUAAAAGAACAUGAGUAUGAAACUUACCACAUAAUUUAUAAGGUAAAAAUGAGAAGGCUUCAAAGAUUUAAGUAAUCUGAUCAGAUUUCUGUUUUUCCCAGAUGGAAUGGACUAGGUCUAUUAAGGGCUCAGGAGAGAAGGGCGAUAUUGGUAAAAAAUUGUCAGUGAGCAAAUAUCCUAAAAGAAAUGCAAAAAAUAAAUACUGUUUUCAAGCCCUCAGCUCUUUAAAGAUGCACAAUAGUUUCCUAAAUGCAUAUCAUUUGUGAGCAUUUCUAAUUAAUAUCGUGAAUAACUGAUUUGGGGCUCAGCUUCCCAGUAACUUGAUAUGGCAUCUAGGAAAGUAUUCUUUCAUGACCAAAGCCUGUUGCAGUAGUAAGGUGUACUUAAGUAGUGAAAUGUUAAGAUGAAAAUUUCUCUUUUAAAGGGGGUUUAUAGGGUUGGGGUGCGGUAAAAUGCUUUAUUAGUACUGUUUGGUGUCUAUAUGUUCUAGCCCAGAGUAGGCUGGAUUGCAAGAUGGACUGGUCUAAUUCAACAUGACUGAUGGAUAUGAUUAGGAAUUUUUCAUCUUAGGUUUGACUGGACUCUAAUCAUAUAGACACAGCUUCUGAUAGAUUGCAACUGUAAGCAAAAAGUGAAAUAGAGCUGAAAACCUGGUUUUCCUUGACAAACAGAUUUAAAAUAUCUGAUGUAAAACAUGCAACAGGAGAAUUCAGGGAUAUGGGAUUUCUCUGAAUGGCAAACAUGAUAUAUGCAUGGAUUAUUAUUUUUUUUUACUAUUUGUACUUACCUAAUGAAAACCAAUUCAUUUUAUAUAUCAAAUUAUUAUUUUGUAAGUUGUGAAAAUAAACAGUUGCAGUUUUCAUAAUGAUUUUUUCCCAAUAAACCAGGUGUUUUAAUCUUG